UUGAAUAAACACUAGAUUUGCAUAUAUAUAUGCUGGAAAAGGAAAAUUAAAUUGAACUUCUGAUUCUGGGUAAAAUCUAAUUUUCUAUAAGUAUCCAUUUCAACCCCAUACCCCUCUAUAUAUAGAGAUAACUCCUCACCUUUCAUCAGCGAAACCAAUUUUCAUACAAAUUAGCCGUUUACAAAUUAGAAACGACAUCAGCCAUGGAACAAAGAUCAUCUGUGCUCCUCCUCCUAGGGCUUCUCUUGCCCUCCUUCUUCGUGGCAAAUCGCGUCGACGCUGCUACUUUCACCUUUAACAACAACUGCCCCUACACUGUGUGGCCUGCCAUAUUGACCGGAAGCGGCGCCCAGCUGUCCACUACUGGGUUCCAGCUCGAGUCCGGGGCGUCAAACGCCGUUGACGUUCCGAACCCAUGGUCGGGCCGGGUCUGGGGCCGGACGCUUUGCUCCACAGAUGCCUCGGGUAAGUUCACCUGCCAGACGGCGGAUUGUGGUUCUGGCACAGUGGAGUGCGGGGGUGCCGGUGGCGCCCCACCGGCAUCCCUUGCAGAGCUGACCCUUGCCGCAGGUGGGGGCAUGGACUUCUACGACAUCAGCCUCGUGGACGGGUUCAACAUCCCCAUAUCGCUGACCCCCCAAGGCGGAUCGGGAGGGUGCAGUGCCACGAGCUGCCCGGCCAACGUAAACCAGGUCUGCCCGCCCGAGCUCUCGAUGAAGUGGGCCGAUGGGAGCGUGAUAGGGUGCAAGAGCGCGUGCUUGACCUUCAAUCAGCCGCAGUAUUGCUGCACCGGGCAGUUCGCCUCUCCGCAGACCUGCCCGCCGACGAGUUACUCGAAGGUUUUCAAGGACCAAUGCCCCCAAGCCUAUAGCUACGCCUACGACGACAAGACCAGCACAUUCACUUGCCCCGGCGGAGCUAACUAUCUCGUCACCUUCUGCCCUUGAUUGAAGAUAUUGUAUGUUUGAUUUAGGGGGGGAAAAAAUAAAAAACAGAAAAUGGAGAUUAUUCAUAGGAAACAUCGAUUGUUUUCUAGUUUUCGUUUUCCAUUUCGCAGGUCUUUCAUCACGUGAUAACAAAAGAAAAUGGCAAGGAGAACAUUUUUGGUCCCAAAAUUUGGAAGGAUUAUACGAAAUUGAUGAAUUAAUGAAGUG